AUGCGAUAUGGUGAAUUAGUUGGGCGAGACGAAGGGGAGCAAGCUGGGGUGCCUUCUGCGCUAGGAGCACUGGGCAAGCUUCUCUUGGUGCCAAGCAGUAUGGGCAAGCCCCCCUUGGCGCUGGGCAGUUCGGACGAGCCUUCUUUGGUGCCGGGUAAGGAGCACACUGAGGCCAGUUGGGCGAGGACCAGUGAGCACUGA